AUCAAUGAUAUACAAUUUUGUCAUUAACAUAUUGAAAGGAAUCAUUAAUAGUGUACAAUGACAUUAUUAGGAUUUUAAAAAGAAUUAAUAACAACAUGCAAGAACGUCAGUAAUUUUUUUUGAAAGAAAUUAUUAAUAACAUUAUUGCUUUGUUUUAAUGGGUGUCGGUGCCAAUUAUGAAAAAGAGAAAGAGUGAACAUUUUUUUUUUAAUUUUAUUAAAUAAUAGAUAAUAAUAUCUUAAUUGCCCUUUUGAUGGUUGGACUCAAGUUCCAUUUCGCGUGAUGGAAAUUGAAUUGAAUUGAACCCAAAUUUUUCUUUCUUUGAUCUCUUGUGUUUCCGUAUUAUAAGAUACCUCCCAAGCUAGCUAGGUAGCUACGUAGUUCCUGCCUUGAUGUUCUCGGCAACAAAAUUUUGAUACGUAAUCACAUUUAUUUAUUAAUACAACUCCAUAAUAAUUCUUGUAUGAUAACAACGUAACACUAGUUGCGGAAUUGAAGAACCCCGCCGAAACGAAAUGAAAAGCAUCUAGAGAAGCCAGUUAAUGAUCAAAGACGGAAGAGACCAAACAACGAGGCCAUUCAGCCAUUCACCCACAAAAUAUUAGUUCGCACAUCAUUCACUUAUAUUAUAUAAAUUCGCAAAAAGGCAAUAUGAUUAUGUAAGUUCAUCCCCAUCCCAGGCAGCUGAUUCCUUCCGGUUAAUUCUAAGUCGCCGAAGGAUGGCCGGGGAGGUUGAUCACAACAAUGGGGAUGUCGUAAUCGGCAAGAAGACAAGGAGUUUUUUGUCCCUCGGCGUCGGAUCCCGCUAUUUCCCACUCCGAGUGGGGAGAAUGGAAAUCUCAGCCUCCGCCGCCGCCGCGCUCGGAAUGGGAUUCUUCUGCCUUCUGCUCUGGGUUAUGGUGAUCUACCCUUCUCCAAGUUCGACCCCUCCGCCGGCAGGUCCCUUCUCCCCAGCGACUUCUCCAAAUCCAGAGGAUGACACAAAAAUGCAGCAGCAUGACAUUAGCGAGGACCCCGAACUGAUCAAAGUAGUGCAAAAUGCCAAGAUGACGACGACGGCCGUCGGGAAAGGAAGCCUGCCGCCGUCGGAGAUGGUGAUCAUCACCACCAUCAACAAGGCGUGGGCCGAGCCAGGUUCGAUUCUGGACCUGUUUCUGGAGAGCUUCUGGAGCGGGGACGGGACCCAAGAACUGGUGAGGCAUUUGGUAAUCGUGUCACUGGACCAAAAAGCCCACCAAUACUGCCAAGCCGUACAUCCACACUGUUACGCACUGACCACACCCGGAGUCAGUUUCACGGGGACCCCCGCCACGUUCAAGAGCGACGAGUUCAUGCGCAUGGUCUGGCGCAGAAUGGAGUUCUACACCUCCGUUUUAAAAUUGGGGAUUGACUUCGUUUUCACGGAUGUGGACAUAGUGUGGUUCCGAAAUCCAUUCCCGCACUUCCACGAAGACGCCGACUUCCAGAUCGCCUGCGACAUCUACACCGGCGACGACUCGGAGCUCCACUACAACAGCAUGAACGGCGGGUUCGGGUUCGUGAGGUCGAACGACCGAGCCCGUCGGUUCUUCCAGCACUGGUACGACUCCAGGGAGAGGUUCCCGGGGAUGCACGAGCAGGACGUGCUGAACAAGAUCAAGGACGAGCCUUUCAUCGACGAGAUCGGGCUGCGGGUUAAGGUCCUCGACACCGAUCACUUCGGCGGGAUCUGCCAGCCGAUCAAGGACCUCAACGUCGGCUGCACCAUGCACGCCACGUGCUGCAUCGGCAUGGAGUCGAAGAUUCGAGCGCUGACGGCGAUUCUUCAGGAUUGGAAGCACUUCUCUUCUUCGCCUCCGGAGUCUAGGAACUCGACGUCGUUUGCUUGGAAACCUGAACGCACCGGCUGCUGGAUUUGAAAUUUCAGCAAAUAAUGCUUUCGUUGUGUGUUUUGUGUAUUUUUGUGAAGCUUGAAUUCUGCCUGUGAUGAAAUGCAGAAUAUAAGCAUGCAGGCAAGCUUUCAGAAGCUGUAAUCAUGAAUUCAGUUUGAUAAUGUGUAGUAGAACCUUGGAUGUGCAAAUAAUUUGUCUAUAGCCACAAUCUCAUACGUCAAAAUAAAAUGUGGGAAUAUAUAUAUGGUGGCGUCUUUAGUGUUGGGCGCAACGGGUGAGAAUAGCGGGUAAAUAUAUUGAACUAAUAAAUCACACGCUUGUAAAAAGUUCACAGGUAAGUUGGACCUGGUGGCAGAGCCUCCAGAAUUACGGUAACCAACUUACUUAGAUCAAUUUACUUCGGUAAUUUAAUAAUGCAAUAUACUACGACUAUUCUC